AUGAUCGCCUUCCCAACACUGCUGCUAGCCGUCGUGGUCGCCUGCGCGACGGCGCAGAACGUGACUGUGCAGACUACGGCAGGUCUGUUACGAGGGGUGAGCACCACCACCAUCAACGGGACGGCCUACUACCGAUUCUCGGGAGUGCCUUUCGCUGCGCCACCCGUCGGAGAACUGCGUUUCAAGCCGCCGCAGCCGGUGCCACAGUGGGAGGGCGUGCGUGACGCCGUAGAAGAGGCGGAUGACUGCCUGCAGGCGAUGGGCACGCAGCUGUCCGGCUCUGAGGACUGCCUCUACCUCAACCUCUACACGCCGUCGUUGUCCGAGGAGGCGCUCCUGCCGGUCAUGGUGUGGAUCUACGGCGGCCACUUCUGGGCAGGCAGCAGCUCCGCCAGCGAGUACGGCCCAGACUUCCUGCUCGACCAGGGUGUCAUAGUCGUCGCUCUCAAUUACCGCCUGGCAGUCAUGGGACUACUAAGUUUGAACGACAGCAUCGCUAUGGGUAACAACGCCUUCAAGGACAUGGUGGCGGCGCUGCAGUGGGUCCAAGACAACGUCAGGGCGUUCGGAGGAGAUCCAGAGAAAGUCACCAUCUUUGGCCAGAGUGCUGGAGGCAUCAGCUGCGAAAUGCUCAUGUACUCUCCACUAGCCAGAGGGCUGUUCAGAGCCGUUAUAUCGCAGAGCGGCUCAGCGCUUGGGGGCGACCACAUCGUGGACACCAACCGCGAGAUGGCUUUCUGCAUCGGCAACGAGCUGGGCCUGCAGACGGAGGAUCCUGCGGAGCUGCUGGCGUUCCUACAGACAGCGGACGCGGAGGCUCUCUACCAAACGAGCUGCGGAACGGAGUUCCAGAUAACGGCUGAGCCAGAUGUGGAGGGUGCCUUCAUGACGGCGGAUCACAGCCGCUUGGGAGCGUGGGCGAUCGCCGGCAACUUCACACACCUGCCGCUCCUCACGGGCGUCACCACCGGAGAGGGCAAAAUGGGCGUCGCGGGAGGUUACAUUCCCGACAGUACACUGGCGGAGUUGAACUCUGACUUCGAAGGUGCGAUCGACAACAUUCUCCGUCUGGGGGACAUGGACGAGAAGCUGGCCGUGGCGGACGCCGUCAGGCUGUUCUACUUCGGCAACGUGACUACUAUCAGCGCCGACGCAGCCAUACCCUACGCUGAGAUGACUACGGACCUGAACAACGGUGAGCCCUGCGACACGACUGUGCACAUCCUGAGCGCUACUAUGGAGCAGCCCGUCUUUUACUACCAGUAUGCCUACACCGGUCGCACCGACCCCUCCGUCGUACCAGGAGCACCACACAUGGCAGACCUGGACUCACUGUUCAGCGUGCCCGGCUCCGGACAGAAUCUAGACCCAGCUUCGGAUGAGCAGAAAGUGCGCUCUGCAAUGGUCAAGCUGUGGACCAACUUCGCCAAGUAUAUGAAUCCUACACCAGAUGAGGACCCUGUAAUAGAAGGAGGUUGGCCACGCUUCAAUGAAUCUACUGCAUAUUACUUAAACAUCGACGUCAACAUAACACUUGAACAGAACAGGAAUGCCGAGAGGAUGAACUUCGUGCACUCGGUCAUCCCACCAUAUUACUGA